GAGAGCCCCGGAAAUUUGACCCAACAUUCAAGGGACCAAUCCACAACAGGCAUUGUACGGAUGUUCUCUGCUGUGUGCUGUUUGUCGUGGUCAUUCUGGGAUACAUCGCACUGGGAGUGGUUGCCUGGGUCCACGGUGACCCAAAGAAGGUGGUUUACCCGACCGACAGCAGAGGCCAGUUCUGUGGGCAGAAGGGCAGCAUCAACGAGAACAAGACCAUUUUAUUCUACUUCAAUAUUCUGAAAUGUGCCAGUCCCGUGGUGUUGACCACACUGCAGUGCCCCACCAAGCAGCUCUGUGUGACGAAAUGCCCGAACCGUUUUGCCUCGUACAUGGAUGCCACGACUCCGUUCCGGGUGAACAAACCGUACUGGGAAUAUUACCGGCAGUUUUGCCAGCCGGGCUUCAACAACCCGCGGAAGCCGGUUUCUCAGGUGAUGCGGGACGAGGAUUGUCCAUCCAUGAUCAUUCCCAGCCGCCCUUUUCUCCGGAGAUGCUUCCCGGACUUCACCACCAGAAACGGGAUCCUGACGGUGGGAAACAAGACCACGUUCCGGGAUGGCCACGGGAAAGUCCGGAACGUCACCAUUCUCAGAGAUGCAGCAAACAAGGCGAACACUAUCCGUCACGGAUACAAGAGGGGCAUUAACCACGUUCUCGAUGCCAGGGAGGUCGGCAUGAAGAUAUUCGAGGAUUACACCAACUCCUGGUUCUGGAUCUUAAUUGGUCUGGUCAUCACCAUGCUGGUCAGCCUCCUCUUCAUCCUCCUGCUGCGUUUCACCGCUGGAGUCCUGUUCUGGUUCGUCAUUGUUGCCGUGAUCGGGGUCAUCGGCUACGGGAUCUGGCACAGUUACUGGGAGUACAGCAGCCUGAAGGGCAAGCCUGGCAGUGACAUCCCCAUAUACGACAUUGGUUUCCAGACUGACCUGCGCGUGUAUCUGCAGCUGCGACAAACCUGGCUGGCCUUCAUGAUCCUUCUCUGCAUUCUGGAGCUGAUCAUCAUUCUGAUGCUGAUUUUCCUUCGGAAGAGAAUUUGUAUCGCCAUCGCCCUGCUCAGGGAAGGAAGCAGAGCCAUUGGUCACAUGAUGUCGACACUGUUCUACCCCAUAAUCACGUUCCUGCUUCUAGCCGUUUGUAUCUCCUACUGGGCCGUCACUGCCAUAUUCCUGUCCACAUCUGGGGAGGCGGUGUACAAAGUGUUGGUCAGUCAGGGCAAGUGUAAAUAUGCAAACAUGACGUGUAGCCCGCAGACGUUCAGCAUCAGUAACGUGACGAGGCUGUGCCCGGGGGCUCAGUGUGCCUUUGCAUUCUACGGCGGUGAGACUGUGUACCACAAGUACAUCUUCAUCCUGCAGAUCUGCAACCUCUUGGUCUUCCUGUGGCUGGUCAACUUUGCCAUCGCUCUGGGCCAGUGCACGCUGGCCGGAGUCUUCGCCUCCUACUACUGGACAUUCCGCAAGCCCGCUGGACUGCCCGCAUUCCCGCUGCUCGCCGCCUUCUCACGCUCACUACGCUACCACACGGGAUCGUUGGCGUUUGGUUCGCUGAUCCUCAGCCUCGUGCAAAUGGUGCGGAUCAUUCUAGAAUAUCUGGACAGCAAACUGAAGGGGGCACACAACAUGGCUGCUCGCUUCCUGCUCUGCUGCCUCAAGUGUUGCUUCUGGUGCCUGGAGAAAUUCAUCAAGUUCCUGAACCGGAACGCCUACAUCAUGAUUGCCAUUUAUGGUAAAAACUUCUGUACGUCGGCCAAAGAAGCUUUCUUUCUGCUGAUGAGGAACGUGUUGAGAGUGGCUGUCCUGGAUAAGGUGACGGACUUCUUGCUGUUCCUGGGAAAGGUGCUGAUUGUGGGCAGUGUAGGAGUCCUCGCAUUUUUCUUCUUCACACGCAGGAUAAGGAUCGUCACAGAAGAGGCUCCGUCGCUCAACUAUUAUUGGGUGCCCCUGGCGACAGUGAUAUUCGGAUCGUACCUGAUCGCGCACGGGUUCUUCAGCGUUUACGCCAUGUGUGUGGACACCCUGUUCCUCUGCUUCUUGGAGGACCUGGAGAGGAACGAUGGGUAGGAGAAGCCGUACUUCAUGAGCAAGACCCUGAUGAAGAUCCUGCACAAACGCAACGACGAGAGUGACGGGCGGAGACACUAACGCAGCUCCUGCCUUCAUCUAGCGCCCGUCUAAUCCCACCCCGCUCCCCCGUCACCCGGCAACAGCGGCUCCCCCCUGCCUGU